AUGAGUUCGUCCAGAACAAACGGAUUGCCCGCGAGCCGGGCCCAUCUAUACCAGGAGUUCACGGAGCGCUUCGAGCGGGCCCGCACCGAGAAGGACGGACUCCUGCGCUACAUGUCUCAGCUGUCGGGGCAAAUCAGCCAAACCGACCGCGUUCUCGCCGAGAAGGAGCGCAGCCGGGCCGCCAUUGCGUUUCGCCGCCCCAGAACCAGUGGCAGUCAAGAACAUAUUAAUGUGCUGGAGCAAGAAAUCAGAAGUCUCAGUGUCGCCGUCAGGCGAUUGGAGGAGAGCAGGGACCUCGCUGGGCGCGCGAUUCGCAUCGCCGAAGCAGAGAUGGUGGCGGCAAGAACAAAGCUCGACGAGGAGCUGGCCAGAUUGGAAUGA